CACGGUUCGCUUGAUUCGACAGCCCGAGCCAUGGAACGAGGGAGGGGGAGAGGGACGGGACCGGUCCAAUCCGAGCGAUAGUGGAGCAGGGUUGGGACGCUUAUAAACCAUUCAUUGACCCAUAAUUACAAGGUCCCGAUUUCCUCCAACCUCAUCGCGUUUCACGAGCAGAGUCUUGGAUUUGCGAAUCCGGAGCUUCAACCUGAAAGAACCCCCGACAAGAAGAAAUACAAGAAACCAUGACACCACCCGACGCCGGCUCGUUAGCACGAGUCCUAGAGCUUUUAGAGCGCCAAGAUGCAGUCCGCCAAAUCCAUAACGUCAUUGGUAAAAUGGCUCUCCUCUACGAGGCGGCCAUGUAUGACGAACGACUUGAAUUCAUAGCGUCCAAAACGCCCGGCGUGACGAUCGAGGUCGGUGGACGAGGCGUCUUCGAAGGCAUGGACGGGGCGCGCCGCUGUUUCGUUGACGUGGAACGCACGUUUGAGAAAUCGCACGCCGCUGGAAUGCGCAAGACCUUUCCUGAUGUCAGCUUUGGCACCGAACAUGCAGGUCUUUUUGAGUCUGAGUUGCCAUGCGUACCUGUCAUCGAGGUGGCUGGAGACGGCAAGACAGCCAAAGCCAUCUGGACCAGUCUACAGGCCUGUGGCAAAACCCACGAAUGGGACCCUAAGCCGCAGGCGAGUUGGAUCUGGUGGCGGAAUGCAGUCGACUUCGUUAAGGAGGAUGGCAAGUGGAAGAUCUGGCACAUGUUACGCAACCCUUUCUUCUUCGCUCCCUACACAAAGGACUGGGUUGACGCGAGCCUCACCCUACCUCCUAUACCACCUCCAGGGACGCAGAAGGGCAUUCCCGGACACGAGGGGGCUCCCGAUCGCCCGACGACCAAAAUGUACGACUCGUAUCGGAUCACAAGGGAGCCGAGGUACUGGCCCAAGGCGCCCGAACCAUAUGAAUCGUUCGACGAGAAAGAGGCCUACAUCGGUGACAUUUGACCGCCUGCCUGCUGUUGAGCCAGGUAGCUGAAAACGCUUGCAGGCGGUAUGCUCGGAGUCGACAUGAUUUGACUAUAUAGCUAGCUGACGGCUUGAUGGACUGGUGCUUAACUUCCUCAAAGAUAUCCGAAGAUCGUCCAAACGGUAUAAGGGAGUGUAAGAGUUCAUCUAUGUUCAAAGUUCCCAAAAGUCCCUUCGAGCAUUCUAUUCAUUUCGCUCUCAGCUCUGACCUGUCUGUCGAAGGGUCUCAUCUACGAGCGCAGCCAGGUCAGUCGGACUGAGCUCUUUCACCCCGACUAGAUCGUUUGCUAGUCGAGCGGUGAAAUUGCAGCCGUAGUCGGGAGCAAAAAUGGCCCGAACCAAAAAUGCCCUCAUGCCUGACAU